CUAUCCAGUUAACAAUGGCUCCGACAGUAUUAGCUACAACAGACCAACCUUCUUAUAGGGUGUAUUGCAGGGCUUCCCCUAACUACAAUCUGGCCGCUGGUGAAGGCAUGGCCACUCUUGCCCCAAUAAAUAUAAAUGAUGACCGCCAGCAUUGGUACAAAGAUGACAAGUACAACAAUGUGGUGGACAAAUCGGGCUUUCCUGCUUUUUUUCUGGUUAAUAAAGCAACUGGUCAGACCCUACAACAUUCUUUCGAUGAUCACCCUCUUCCUGUGAAAUUGGUUACUUACAAUUCAGAUGUUCUUGACGAGUCUGUCCUCUGGGCACUAGCCGACGAUCGUGGUGAAGGUUACAAGGCAAUAAGAAAUCUUACAGCGGUAUUACAUUUAGAAGCUGCUGCUUUGAACGAUGGUUCCUAUCAUGGUGCUAUAAUUAUGGCCGGGAUCUGGAUUGAUGAAUAUAAUCAACAAUGGAAAAUUGAGCCUCACAGUUGACUUGUGAUGGAGUUGUCUUCUCUAGGAGGUGUCAUGUAUUGGUGCUUGGUGAUGCAUGGCUUCUCAAGAAUAUAUGCCACUAUCUCUUUGUGUGUUUUCCAUUUCUAUCAUAUAAUAAAAGCUUGAUAUGGCUGUCACUCGAGAUGAUGUUGCCAUUUCUUAGAGCUUAAAAUAAAAGUUUGUA